GCAGAUAUGUCACAACUAUUAGAACUCUGCACGAGAUUGUGUGCAAAAUUUCCAAAGAGAAUAGUUAAUUCCAUGAAUGUUUCUUGUAUUCUACUGAUUUUAGCGACGAUUUCACGACCAAUUAUUGCAGAUGAUCAACAUAUCCAACAUGGAAACAGGACGUGUAUUCCUGCUGAAGCUGAGCCAUUGCUCAACUCAAGUGGAUGUUAUCCUUUGGUAAAUUUUACCCGACCUUUUUGUCAGAAUCAUGGAGUCACAUUGUCAGACUACAUAUACCAAACGCCGGAUGAACAAAGCUACAGAAAUAAUGAGGGCAAUGGAUUGUACGACCGAGUUGUUAAGCUUGGCAUUCCUAAAGUAAGCAGGUUCUUUAAUGUGGACAAUGACACGUUAAUAAAGUGCUUACAUGCUUAUGUGCCAUUCGCUUGUCAUUAUUUUUUCCCGAAUUGUGACGGAACGCAGAGCGAGUAUAAAAAACAAAAGAUUUGUCAGAGAACAUGUCUUAAUAUUAUUCGAAUAUGUGGAAAAAUUUGGGAUUUUUAUGCUAAGUUUAUAAUACGUUAUAAUCCACAGCCGGAGUGGAAAAAACUUGUUUAUUGCAAACUACAGCCUUAUAGAAAUGCUGGUGACUCCCCAGAAUGCUGGUAUGCUGAUCUUGAAGAUUCUGCAGUUGCAAUUGAAGCUCCAGAAUGGACAACAAAAGCAGAUUGUCUAUACUUAAACGGAAGCAGUUACCAUGGGAACAUAUCAGUAACAGCUUCAGGUAUUCCUUGUCAGUCAUGGACAGAACAAUGUCCACAUCGUCAUACCAUGAACACCACUUACCCAGAAUUAAAUAACGCCAAGAAUUACUGUCGUAAUCCCAAGAACUCAGGACAAAGACCUUGGUGUUUUACUACAGAUAGGAACAAAAGAUGGGAGUAUUGCGAUAUCCCUAAAUGUACACCAGUCCAUGGUAAUUAUGGCAACUGGUCACUGAGCAGUGCGUGUAAUGUAACUUGUGGUGAAGGUUUUGAAACAUGGACACGAGAUUGUAACAAUCCUGGACCAAAGUUUGGUGGAAGAAACUGUAGUUUACUAGGAGAAGCCAUUGAGUAUAGACCAUGUCAAGCAACACCAUGUCCUGUUAACGGUGGUUACACCAGCUGGAGUUUGGAUGUCCCAUGCAAUGUUUCGUGCGGUGAAGGAAUGGAAAUAUGGCGACGUACUUGUGAUAAUCCAGAACCAAAAUACGAAGGAAAUAACUGCAGUGAGCUUGGAAAGUCAAUCGACUUAAAGAAAUGUACAAAAAAACCAUGUCCAGUCGAUGGUAACUAUAGCAACUGGACAAGAUUGUCGCCAUGUAGUGUCACGUGUGGUCAGGGUGUUGAAAUCUGGGCACGAAACUGUGAUAACCCCCCGGGAAAAUACGGUGGAAACUGCAGUAAGCAGGGAGUGGAUCAUGAAAAUCGACUGUGCGCGAAGAAACCUUGCCAGGUUGUCUCCCAUACCAAGACGAUUGGUUUCAUCGUUGCUGCUACCUUUGUCAUAGUCGUGAUAAUCCUAAGCUAUCUUUUUAUUCGUCGCAAACGACGUAGAAAAACAGGAGUUCCGUUUUACGCCAUUGUGAAAUUUUCCUCUGAACAAAUCCGUGGUCAAGAUCAGGAAAACGGCGAACUACCGCCCUGUGUGGCUAUUGUUCCUUGCAAUGAAAUGGCAAGCACGUCAAAGACUGGUACUAGUGUUGAUUAUCAAAACUUGACAACUGAUGGAGACCCGAUCCCAGGCCACUCGCGUGGUGUUGUAAACGACGAAGGAGAUUACGGCAAUACAGGACCUUCGCGAGGCUCAUGGUAUGAUAGACUACAGCUUUUCCGACCAUUAGCUGUUGAUUGGCUACGAAAUGCGCAGGGGAAUGUUGACGAGGAAGGUCACCAUGUUUAUGACGUCACGCAACGUGUCAGACAGGUUUUUAUUCCGUACGAAAAGUUGGGAAACACCGCACAAGUUGACUCGGCCGGAAGGAGAAUGGAAAGUGAUUUAACCUAUGAUACACCUGAAAGACCUCCCGGGGUAAUAUUGCCAUGCCCAGAUCAGACUACCACGACUUGAGGAAUAUGGAUUAGAUCGACCAGUCAUAUAUAACCCCAUAUAUCCCUAUAUAUCCCUGUAUGUGUCUUUCUUGGCGCAUAUUGUUUUAAACUAUAUAACUGCACUUAUUUUAAUACCUCAAAAUCAUCUCACGCUUUGUCGAAUCUCAACUAACUCCAGGCUCAUAUCAUUUUUGUCAUUUGCGACACAUUCGCCUGAUAUCAAACAUGUUUAAUAUUUUUUACACACGAGUAACAAGGCCACAGGCAAUCUCGCAUUCAGAGCCCUCGAUUGUUUGUGUCCUGACACGCAUGCGUGUUUUACUUGCUUUCAGAACAACUUGUCGUUCGUUGACCGCACACUAGAAAAUUUUACGAAAAAUAGAACUCACCUG